ACUGGUACCGACUUCCGUGCGCACAUGGCGCACCCUCCUCACCUCGCUCUAACAAGCAAGCACUUCUCCCCUUUCUCUCUCUCUAGAAAUCACACCGCCCCAAAACCCCUUGUAUUUUCUUCUGCCCUUUCUCUCCACUCUCUCUCAUCGUUAUAUCUUUAUAUAUAACCCCCCAAAAUCACCCCCAAAUCAUCCACAAAUUCUAGAACCCUCUCUCUCUCUAAAACUCUCUUUUCUCAUCUACCAAAUUUAGAGGCAUUUCUUGAAAACCCAUCUCUGAAAAUGGCGAUGAAGACGAUGACUGCUCUCUGCUUCGUUCUGGCCAUCUUGGCCGUCCAAAAUGUUGAAUCCGGGACGACCCAUCACGCCCCAGCGCCGUCUGUUGACUGCUCGAGCUUGGUUCUGAGCAUGGCCGAUUGUCUCACUUAUGUCACCAAUGGCAGUACCGCGACGAAGCCAGAGAGUUCGUGUUGUUCGGGGUUGAAGACGGUGUUGAAAGCCGAUGCAGAGUGUCUCUGUGAGGCGUUCAAGAGCAGUGCCCAGUUGGGUGUGACCUUGAAUGUCACCAAAGCCCUAGCUCUUCCCUCUGCUUGCCAUGUCUCUGCUCCUUCUGUCAGUAACUGUGGAUUGAGUCUCAGUGGUGCUGCUCCUGCUUCUUCUCCAUCUGUUGCUCUCCCUCCAGGCUCUGGUGCUGGUGUGCCCACCUCAGCGGCUGGUGAGUUAGCUCCGGCACCAGCUCCUGCAACCGCUGGCUCUGGUUCUUCGGCACUUGUUGUCUCUCUCGGGUCUCUAGUUUCAGCCUUUGUGGUUGCGUCAUUCGCCUUCUUCUGAGAGGCUGACUGUAUGGUAUGGUUGCCAUUUUGAGAUGAGUGAAUAGGGUGGAGAAUUUGAUGUUCGUUUUUAAGUUUUCUAUUGGAGCAUUCUACAUGUAUUAGUUGUAUGACAGUAGAUAGAAUUCAUUUUGCGGGUGGUCUUUAUCUUUAAACUUGUUGGAGACUAUGCUAAUUCCACUCAUAUUAGUUCAUUUUAUCUCUGCAAAA